AUGAAACUUUUGCCCAUUUGCACUUGGCUUCUAUGCCUUUUGGUUUUCAUCGUGUGCUUGGGAUCUGAGUGUGGGACUACACGGAGAAACGAAAGGUCCAAAAGAGACUUGGUACGCAUCAGGGAAGCCAGAAGUACCUUCACAGGAGCCUGUGCCACACGCUUGCCUCGGGGCAAACGCUCACUUCCCGGGGUAGAUCGGCGCUCCCCUCGCCUGUCACUGGCGGGGGAAAGCACCCCAGGUCGGCGGAGGGCUGUUUACUUUACCGGCAGAGGAGACCAACUACGUUUGAAACCAAAUGUAGAGGUGCCCAGGGGAAAUUUUACAAUGGAAAUGUGGAUAAAACCAGAGGGUGGCCAGCGCUCUCCAGCUGUUAUCGGAGGACUCUACGAUAAAUGUUUUUACUCAUCCAGCGAUAGAGGAUGGUUGGUUGGCGUCAAAGCCAUCAGUGACCAAGCCAAUCGUGACCCUCGAUUCUUCUUCUCCCUCAAGACAGACCGAGCCCACAAACUUACCACCAUCACCUCCAACGCACCCUACGUUCCCAAUCAAUGGUCACACCUGGCUGUCAGCUACAAUGGCCUCUUUAUGAAGCUAUACGUUAAUGGGGCGCAGGUUGCUGUAAGCCGAGACCAGUCUGGUGAGAUUUUCAGCCCGCUUACGAAGAAGUGCAAGGUGCUAAUGAUCGGGGGCAAUGCCUUAAACCACAACUACCGGGGAACAAUGGAACACUUGAGCUUGUGGCGCAGGGCUCUGACCCAACGUGAAAUCAUCAGUUGCAUGGCUGGCAGGUACGGCAACUCCGACCUCUCUCAGCUGGUCAUCCACGAGAACUUUGAGAACAUGUCAAGAAGGUGGCUCACUAUGAAAGACGGCAGCUUCCCCAGCUUGGAGCAUUCGGAUCGGAACUUGGCAGGUGACCUCAGCGGCUCUUUGGAUACUAGACUGAAACCUCCGCAUUGUGGACAGACAGUGUGCGACAAUGUGGAGGUGGUGACGAAUUACUAUCAGCUCUGGAGCUUCCGUAAACCCAAGACGGUGCGUUAUCGUGUGAUAAACAUUUACGACAAUGAAGGAAGGUGGCCGACGGUUACAGAGCACCAGAUCAACCUUCAGCAUCAGCACCUGAACAACGCUUUCAACGUCUACAACAUCACCUGGGAGCGCACAGUCCACAACGUCUACAACUCGUCCUUGCGUAACCGCCUGGUACUGGCUAACUGUGACAUUAGCAAAGUGGGCGACGAAGAAUGCGAUCUGGAAUGUAACCACACCCUCACGGGCUUCGAUGCCGGAGACUGUAGGAGGCAGACGGCACGUUGUCCUGAAUAUAAGCAGGGGAAUGGGGUUUGCGACCCGGAGUGUAACUGGGACAAUUUCUAUUAUGAUCGCAGAGACUGCUGCAACCCCAACGUCACCGAUGUCACGAAGACCUGCUUUAAUCCCAUGUCACCCCUCAGGGCUUACAUGGAUGUGAAGGAGCUGAAAGAAGUUUUAAAUUUGGAUGGCUCCACACACUUGAACAUCUUUUUUGCUAACUCGACUGAUGAAGACCUGGCGGGUGUGGCAACGUGGCCCUGGGAUAAAGAAGCCUUGACACAUUUAGGUGGCAUCGUGCUAAACCCUUUAUUCUACGGUACGUUUGGCCAUACGCACACCAUGAUCCACGAAAUUGGCCAUAGCCUCGGACUCUACCAUGUCUUCAGGGGAAUCUCCGAGGUGGAGUCCUGCAACGACGCUUGCUUGGAGACGGAACCAUCUCUUGAGACGGGAGAUCUGUGUGCAGAUACCAACCCCACACCCAAGUACAAAUACUGCAGAGACCCCGAGCCGGGCAACGACACCUGCGGCAGACGUCACUUUACAAACACUCCCUUCAACAACUACAUGAGCUAUGCUGAUGAUGGCUGCACCGACUCAUUCACCUUGAACCAGGUUGCUCGGAUGCACUGUUACCUCGAUCUCACCUAUCAGUCUUGGAGACCCGGCAGUAAACCGGCUCCAGUUCCCCUGCCUCCUCGCGUCACGGCGCAGGACCAUGACUCGCUAACGCUGGAGUGGUUCCCUGCCCUAACGGGACAUUACUUUGACAGAGAAGUGGGAUCAGUUUGUGACCGAUGUACAGAGGUCGGCGUGCUCUUGCAGUUUGCUUCCAACUCGUCCUCGCCCCGACCCUGCGCCCCCUCUGGCCACUGGAGUCCCCGUGAGGCAGAAGGUCCACCAGAUGUUGAGCAGGUCUGUGAACCGAGCGUCCGCACGUGGAGCCCCAACGCAGGUCUAGAUUCCAGCAGCGUUGGUUCCGCAUCUUGCCCACCCCAGGGCUGCAUGCUCCAGCUCGAGUUUGCCUAUCCGAUGGUUCCUGACUCCCUAACUGUUUGGGUCACCUUCUGUUCUCCAGAGGAGAGUGAACUUCCUGCGAUCCAAGACAUCCUUCUCUUGACACUCAGCGGUAACAACAUCUCAUUGGGUCCACAGUACGUGUUCUGCGACACUCCGUUAACGCUCAAGCUGGACGUGGACGAGGAGGUUUACGGGGUGCAGUUCUUCACCAUGGAGCAGCACCUGGAAAUCGAUGCCAUAUUACUGGCGUCAAAGCCGGACAGCCCUAUGUGUCAGAAGUGUCAUCCCCUAGGCUAUCGUCUGAUUCGCCAGCCACCGUUCCCACACUCACCACACGGCCUGAUCCUUCAAGAACCCAUUCUGAGAUACGUGGACAGGGAUGUAAAGCCUGAUGAGACAUACACCUACCACAUUCUGACAGUGUCAAGACAAGCAGAGAGCGAACCAUCUCCUCCUCUCUCACACCAGUUGGGUUCACCUUACUGUGGGGAUGGACUCAUCCAAAAAUAUCUCGGAGAACAAUGUGAUGACAUGAACUUCGACAACGGAGACGGCUGCUCGAACCAGUGCAGGAAAGAGCCAUUGUUCAAUUGCGUCGAUGAGCCCAGCUUAUGUUACUUUUACGACGGUGAUGGUGUGUGCGAGGAUUUUGAGAGGGAAACGAGUGUACGGGACUGUGGGCUUUAUACGCCGAGCGGCUUCCUGGAUCAGUGGGCUACAGAGGUGGAGGUGUCCGGUGAGGAGAAGGUCCACUGUCCUGCAGAGGUGGCGGUUGGAUAUCCUGCAGUGACAAAGAGCUGUCAAUCGAAGGUGUUUGAUCUGUCGCACGGAGUGUCUCAGUACGCUUGGUUUCCUUGCGAGGAGUCUCAACAUGACAGCUGGUCUACACAUUUUUGGCUAAAGGCCUAUUACGCCCAUCCUAUGGUAGCUGCUGCUGUCAUCAUCCACCUGGCUGCUGAUGGGACGGCUGACAUCGACCAGAGACAGCACAACAUCACCGUUCAGCUGGUGGACACCAAAGAGCAAACCCACUCUCUCGGGGACUUGAGACUGAGUUGCCGGAACAAUCCGCUGGUGAUUCCCGUGAAUCACGACCUGAGCUCGGCCUUCUACCGCACCAAGGCCAUUAUAGUGAGCUUCGGCUCUCCUCUGGUGGCCAUCUCAGGUGUGGGCUUGCGCUCCUUCCAGUAUUUUGACCCCAUCACUAUCAGCGGCUGUCAGAGCAAUGAAAUCUACAACCCCAUGGGCCAAAGUUGCGUCCAUUACUCGUGCGAUGCCAUAGAAUGUCAAAAGCCAACGGUCACCAACGCAGAGAUGAAGUGCAACAGUCCGGGAUACUUCAACGGAGCACGCUGCAGCAUCACCUGCAACCGAGGAUACGCGCUGAAGAUCCACAGAGACGAUGACAUCAUCAAAACACAGUCUGAAUCCACGGUGACCCUCAUCUGCGCCGAUGGUAAAUGGAACAAGCAGGUGACCUGUGAACCCGUAGACUGCGGGCGGCCCGACAAGUACCACGUGCACCCGGCCAUCUUUGAGUUCACAGAGGGUACCACCUACGGCAAGAAGUGCACUUUCCAGUGCCGGGAGCCGGCUCAGCUCGUGGGUAGUAACAAUGUUCUGACGUGCAUGGAGGAUGGAAUGUGGUCCUUCCCUGAGGCUCUGUGUGAGCUCCGCUGUUCCAUCCCUCCUCCUGUACCCAAUGCUGUCCUUCAAACCAAGCGCUGCAAUGCUACAGACCUCAAAGUCGGUUCCUUCUGCAAGUACAAGUGCAAGCCUGGUUACCACGCACCCCACGUCGACAAAUCCAAUAGGAUGGUAUCCGUCACAUAUCACAGACGUGCGUUUAAGCGUCAGUGUACCGAGGAUGGAACCUGGCAGCCGGGUGAGUGCGUGGCCGUCACGUGCGAGCCGCCUCCCGCCAUCUUUCACGGCACCUACAAGUGCACAAACGGCUUUCAGUUCAACAGCGACUGCUGGAUCGACUGCGACAGGUCCAACCACACGGGUCCUUCCACCAACAUGAUCAGAUGUCGAAAGGACGGAAACUGGACCGGCUCAUUGCGUCUCUGCCCAAACCUGACGGGACAAUGUUCUCUACCGCAGAAUCUCAGCCCAGCCAUCCAUCUUAACUGCAAGAGUGGACACCGGAUAGGAGAGGAGUGCGACGUGUCCUGCCGAGAUGCCAGCAGCAGCGUGAUUCUCCUGCCCGGCAACUUGACCGUCCAAGCCGUGAUGAAAGACCACUGGUGGAACCCGCCCAAAGUUACGAAUAUGGUAUGCACCAUGGGACUCAAGUGGUACCCCAAUCCAGAGGCUCUCCAUUGCAUCAAGGGAUGUGAGCCUUUCAUGGGGGAUAACUACUGCGACGCCAUCAACAACCGAGCAUUCUGCAACUAUGAUGGUGGAGACUGUUGUCAUUCCACUGUCAAAACCAAAAAGGUGAUCCCGUUCCCAAUGUCAUGUGACGUUCGAGGAGACUGUGCAUGUCGAGACCCCCACGCCCAGGAAAACAACAAAGGAUUCCGUCACCGGUUUAUCGGCUGAGCUCCGAGCCCCCUAGGUGGCACCCAAGGGGCCUGAUGGGAAAUCAUUCCUCAACAUGCUGCUUAUCAGAGGGUCUCUCCACUCACAUCACACUCCAACAUACCAGCCAUCAUGCCCUUGUUUCCUUAUCCAACAACAACCUAUGAGUGUAUGACACCCAGCCUCAAAAAAUGAAUUAACCCCCAAACUGGGAUAAAAAAGUGGAAGUUUUAUGAACGCAUCCAAUGGUAAUAGCAACUGUAGAUGUCGUCAAACGUGGGCUUAAACAAGCCUGUGCUGACAGUUUCGUUCCUUUAUGUUUGCUUUAAUUGACCAUUAUUUGUAAACCGCAACCAUGGCAAUGUUUUCAUGUACAGCCAGAGGAAAAAAGGAGGGAAGAAGGAAAAAUGCACCGGGAACAAAACAAUCAGACGAAUAUGAAAAAUGGAACUUUGAUAAUAUUUCUCCCUUAAUAUUUGACCUCUCGGACGACCUAGCUGACUGUUUAUCCAUUCGCUGUGUCUUUUCAUGUCAAGAGUUCUGUUUUUGGGCAUUUUUCGAACACAAAGUAAUAUGAAAUCAAAAAAUGAGAGGGGCUGAACGCAAAUAGCUCACACUCUUCCGAAUGUUUUGGCUGCUCUUACAACCGUAACGAAAAUCUAGCUGGCGACCUCAGCGCCUCUAUGAGACGCAGAGGGAUGAUGGGAAUGUUUCACGGCACUAGAUGUACGAGUGCAGCUGCUGUGGCCCUAAAUCACAAAAACUCGUAGAUCAGCGAGAAAUGAAGCCGAAAAUCAUUAGAGAAGGUGUUGAUCCUGUGAGUUACAACCUCAGUUGCCGUUCGCUUUGCUGUUUUUGAGUGGACAGUUUGUAGUUUAAUGUGCUGUCUGAUAGAUUGUACCUCAAAAUGUAUCUCUACAGGAUAUCACACCGCUUUGAAGACAAAUACAAUAUGGUUAAAGCUGCUAUUACACAGUUUAAGGGACAGUUCACGCCAAAAAAUCAUUAUUCAUUCACCCUCUUCAGUGAGUGCCAAUGUUCUUUUGUUACCGACGUACUUCAAAAUAUUUUCUUUUGUGUCCAGUAGGUGAAAGAAAGUCAUACAGGUUUGGAAUGGCAUGAUGGUGAGUAAAUGAUGGAAGAAAUAUCAUUUUUGGGGUAAACUUUCCCUUUAUGCAAUUUGGACUACACUUGGCGUGAUGUUUUUUAUUUAGCCAAUGAACUUACUGCCAAAGGAAGAUUGGAUAGAGUAUGUGAGUAGAAUGGCUGAGCAUUAUGCAACUAUCCCAAUCCAUACCCAUUCCGGGUUUUCCCACCACCCAUUUGACCUCAAGAUGGCUUUAUUAUAUGAAAAAAAAGAAAAAAAAAGCAUUUAAAUAAGCAGAGGAACCAAUGUUUUAAAUUAUGAACAUAUAUCUUGUUAUGCCAGUAAUAUUUCAUUGUUUAGAAAUCGUGAGUGGGGAAGCACAAAGUAAAAAAAGUUGAGAUCCACUGCAAGUAAAAACCCAUGUAGAAGAAUUCCAUUAAACAUUUGUUACUCCAAGCUAAUUCCGCUCAUCACAGCUUAGCAUUCAUUUAUUCAUAUCAAGUAAUGAAAGCAACGUAACAUCCAGUUGCAGUUUGUUCGGCCAAUCAGAUUUGAAAUGCAACCAAAUGUCCCCGCCCAUCCAAAUACAAUAAUAGGAGAGAGAGCUUGACCCCAAAGAGUCAUUUUGACCAUGGUAGAAGUCGGGAGACAAAACUAUGUUUAGAACUUCUUUAAAAUAGUCAGUCAGCAUUUUCUCAUUCAUGAUCCAAAGUACUGUAGUCACAAAGUUGACCAAAAUGAAUCAAUAAAAAAUUACAUUUUGUUAUGUAUAUCUCAUUAUACCGACACAAACAACAUCAUUACUGGAUAACUGUAAAGCGUGUGUAGUUUCACCACAGCGCGCAAUUACAGUAUAAUCGCACACAUUAUGUUUUUUAUAGAACUAGAAUGCCCAGUGUUAAAGUGGUGCUUACCGUCCCUAGUCUGAUCCGGCGAACUUUUAACGCUCAUUAGCUUAUAAUAUCCACACAUCGCUCCAAAACAAACCAUAUGAGAAACUGCGAACAGGCUUCGGAGCCUUUAUCACCGGCUCCCUUGGCUCUGAAAGUAAAUCUUAACGCCAUCCUCCUCCAGAGAAUACAUUAAAUAUGAAGUGAAAAACAACAACAGCUGUCGCGUUGUUUUACAGCGAGGCCAUUUAUCCAACCCAGGAUCGGUCGUGCCAGAAGUUAUUUCAACGCGAUUAACGUCUAACAAUAAAAGUUUCAAAUACUAUGUUUUGCAGGAACUUCUGUGUGCUUAGGUUAAAAAUGUCUGUAGCGAUCAGUAUUUCUAUCGUUGACCACAGUUGCUGCACUUGUCGUUUUAUUGACGAAAUAGGAAUGAAAAGAGAGAAAACGUUUACCAUAAUAAGCUGCUAUGGUCAGACAGGUUAUAGUUAAUUGUAGAAUUAGUGUUUUAGCAUCAUGGAAUAGUACUUUACUGUGGUGUUUUUUGUUUUGGUUAUGAAUUCUGUUUACUACCUUUGGCUGAAAGCUUGGAUAAAUGAAGACGGUCAAUAAAAACACCAAUCAAAAGAAAAACCUGCGAGAGCCACCUUCAGUGUAAAGAUCAUGUCGUAUUUUAUCUAGAUAGACGUCUUCGUUGCUUGUAUGUACCUGUAUGUUAUUGCAUAGUAAAUGCUGAAAUACUGCUGCUUUAAUACACACAUCACUUGGAGAGAGUGCCUAGAACAAAUACAGUAUAUAUGUGCAAUCCUAUGAAGCAGUAAACAACCGGUUUCAAUCUUAACUUACGUAUGGUAGCUUAACGUAGUUCCACGUGUAGGGGUAUCGUACGCAAACGGCCGUCUCCUUUUCUAUCCUUUUUUCCUGGAAAUGUCUCUCUUAAAGCCAUGAAAAACAAAUUGGAUGUUUGGUGAACCCGUUUGAAGAGAAACCGUACAACAGUCUACUGUAAACUAAACAGGAUCUUUUUUUGCUGUACUGUACCUCAUGCCUGUAAUGUUUGCUGCUUAUUCAGUAUUUUAGUAAUUUAAAUCUCUUAGCAAUAUACGAUGUUGUAAAUAAUAUAAUUAUUUAUUAAAAAUGUCUUUUUCUGUUUAUUUAUAUUUACACGGUUCAUCUAAGUUAUUUUUAUAUGUCUCCAGUGUUAUUUGGUGUGAUCAAAAGUCUUGUUUUCUUGCUGUUAGAAAGUAAAGGUCUGGUUGUAGCGCAAACAGGCAAACGUUUUUACGGCCGCUCGACUUGUACAAGAGUAAUAAAUAAGUCUUUGAUGCACAAGGAAAACGUUGUAGAAACGUCACCUUUGGAAAGUUGUACAAAGCCUUCCUUUGCUGUAUUGACUUCCACCCAUGUUUUACAUUCCAUAUGUUUGUAUAUUCUGGCGAAAUUGGUCGGCCAGGUCCCGUUUCCAGUCGCUCGGUAGAUACAUUGAAGAGGUCUUGUGGUUUUGUGUAAAUAGUAGAAUAGGUGAAAGAAACUGAAAGACCGCUUGUGGUGGCUGAAGUUCGGCCACGUAUAGAAGAGCCUCGUGUAUAGAUUCGGAAUCUCCAGAAAGAGCCUUGGUCACGUUCAUCCUUUCAGACCUCAACGAACCAUGUCCUGUUUUAUAAGUGAUUGUGUUUUUGAAGGUUUAUACGUUCAGAUUUCACGUGUGUUGUGCUUGCCGUGUGUAGAACAAAGCUUUGCAUUCUCAGACGGUUUCAGGCAUAGAAAAGGUUUUCAUUUUAUAGCUGACAUUGUUUAACGUCCACGCGUCAGUUCAGCAUGUUUUUAUCAGGUCUGAUACCCUGAACUUUACAGUUGCAUGAUCAAAACAGUGUUCCCAGACCUUUGUUCUGUAAAAUUUUGAUGGUGUGCUACUUCCGUCAGUAGUAUAGGACAAUAAGAUGUAUUUAUCCAAAAGUCGUCACCGCGGCGAGAGAUAUAACUUAUCCAAAACAUUAAUUUUGUUGUUUUAAAUUUUUUCCAAACCUUCAUAUCAAAUAUGUUAUAUAUUAUUUCUUACAGUAUAUAUUUUUUCACGAGAGUGUUCUUUGUUCGUUAUUAUAAUGUUAUUAUAACAUUAUAUGUUGCUCCGUAUUAUACGUCAUGGUUUGGUCUACAUAUUCUUCUGCGACUGCACUGACAUAAAAAUCAAGACCAGACAUUAUACGACCUGACCUGUUUUUCCUUCUCUGUGUUUCUGAAAAGCGACCCUGUGCAGGGUUCAGUUUUUACACUGAUGGUUACCAUAAUAAGCACUGGUUCGAAUCAAUAAACCCACUUCUCUCUGUAUACACACUUUAUGCACUGUUUAGGGCACUUACCACAAUCCUGUUGUAAUAACCCAUUUGUUUUUACCAUUUGUCAAUUUUCAUGAGUAUCUUGUGAGCAUUUUGCCACUGUUGUCUGUUUUUAUAUAUGUAUCUAUAUAUAUAUAUAUAUAUAUAUAAUAAUGUGAUGUUUGUCACA